AUGGCGGAACAUUCCACGGACGAUGUCGCUGGUCUGCUCAGCUUGUUCACUGCUAACCCUAGAAGCCUGGCUCUGGUUGCUGAUUAUUGUUCUCUCUGUACUUAUCUUUCGUUUUGUAACUUUCGAUACUGAUCUUGCAAUACAGAUGAUGUUCGUUUCGGGUGAAACAGGCGAUCCUUCACCCGAGACUACCAGCAUGAUUGAAAACAUCGUCCAGCAACAGGUCAUGGAAAUGCUCCGGCGGGCAACAGAACUAGCAGCCCGUCGAGGAGUCCGAACCAUCAGCACCGACGACCUCAUCUUUCUCAUCCGCCACGACAAAGCGAAAGUCAGUCGUCUACGCACAUUUCUAUCCUGGAAAGACGUCCGCAAAAGCGCCAAGGACAGCGACGACAAAGGCGGCGGCGGCGCAGACGCAGGCGGUGUUGACGAGUUCGAUCUCGCCGGCAACGAUCCCACUCUCGGAACAGGCCCGAGCGUCGGCACACGCAAUAGCAAGAACAAGAAAGCCAAAGUCGGACUUCCGUGGGAUGUCUCUUCUUUUUACAUUGAGCAGGUGCCCGAGCGCGAAGACGAAGAAGACGAAGAAGAGGAAGAAAUGAACGCGGCUACCCUGCAACGCCUCAAGCAAGCCGACGAACGAACCAAAGGCAUGAACGCAGAAGAAUACCUCCACUUCUCCGAAUGUCGCCAAGCAUCCUUCACCUUCCGCAAGGGCAAACGUUUCCGCGAAUGGGCGGGUUUCGGCGUCGUGACGGACAGUAAACCCAACGAUGACAUUGUGGACAUCCUCGGUUUCCUGACGUACGAAAUCGUCACCCUCCUGACGGAGGAGGCGCUGAAGGUGAAGGCGGCCGAGGACGCUCUGAAGCGGGAAAGCGGCGGGGAUGAAGAAAAGCGAGGGCGGAAGAGGCGACGGGAACCGGGCUUGUUCGACCCGCCCGAGGAGGCCAGGACGCCGGUGGGACGGAAACAUAUCCAGGAGGCGUUUCGACGCUUGCAGAUUCCCGAGAAGAAGAGUCGCUAUCUGCAUCAUGUCCCGCGGGGGAAUUUCCAGAGGCCGUUGAAGUUGAUUUGA